CGCGGCUCCAGUUCUUCUGUCUCCCCGCGGCUUCCGUAGAUCGAGCGAAGUUAAAAUGGCUGCUCCUGUUGACAACGAUCUGAUCGAGAGCGAUUUGCCUAAAGCUGUGCAGCUGCUGAAUAAUCUCACAGAGCAGGUAGCAUCGGUAACCAGCCAUGUCCGUGAGCUGUUGACUAAAGUCAAGGAUGGAGCGUUCAAGACUUCAAAGGGUCUGUCCUUCUUGGACCUUCGCUACAACCUCCUGCUCUUCUACCUUCAGGACCUCACCCAUCUGAUCGGCAUCAAGACCGAAGGAGGCAAGAUAAAAGACAGCGACGCGUUGAGCCGAGUGGUCGCGAUCAGAACCGUACUGGAGAAAAUGCGACCCCUAGACCACAAGCUGAAGUACCAGAUUGAUAAACUGGUCCGCACAGCUGUUACUGGAAGCUUAACUGAAAAUGACCCGCUGCAGCUGCGUCCCAAUCCUGAAAAUCUCAUCAGCAAGCUGAGUGAAUCGGAGGACUCUGGAGACGAAGCGAACGAGGCAGCCUCCGACAAGAGGGCAGCUCACUCUAGUGGCAGGAAAUAUAUACCGCCAAAGAUUGCGCCGGUGCACUACGACGGUGACAUGACAGAAGCAGACAGGAAGAAGGCUCAGGCGGAGCGGCAGCGGCGAGCCGCCCUCCGAAGCUCCGUGAUCCAGGAGCUGAGGCAGCAGUACAGCGACGCUCCCGAGGAGAUCCGGGACAGGCGGGACUUCCAGAGCGAGAGGGAGAGCCGAGAGGAGCUCCACAGGAAAAACUACGAGGAGUCCAUGAUGGUGCGUCUGAAUAUGCCGAAGCAUGAGAGGACCGCCAGGAAGAGGAGCACGAUGGCCAUGUCCGGCCAGCUGAGCGGCAUCACGCACUUCAGUGACAUCACAGCCCUGACCGGCGGUGAAGGAGGACAGGACGGGGAAACCGCUCGACCGAAGAAAAAGAAGAAAAUCAUGAAAAAGAAAACCAAAAGGAGAGCCUUCAAGAAGCACAAAUAAGCCAAGCUGUGGUGUUCAAUAUCAGAAUAUGAAAAAAAAAUCUUCCUUUUUUAUGCAAUUUCUUACAUCUGCUGUUGUGUUGAAGUAAUAAACUCUAAAUCACUGCU